AUGUUUGAAAAGUUACUUUCAAUAUCAGUAUUGCCUGUUUUUAUUGCUGUAUUAGUUAUUAUUUAUUAUUUUAGUGUCACAUCCGUAUUACAUCAUCUUCAAAAGACAAGUCGUGUAAAUGUUGUUGAUAAUAGUAAAUUGGCCAUCGAUGGUAUGGUAUAUAAACGGCAACCACGAGUUAUUCAUUGCUAUAAACGCAAUGGUAGCCUCUCACGUACACGUUUAACAGCGGGUCUCGGUGAUAAAGUACUAUUAGCAAUUAAAGGUCAAAUGAAAAAAGCGGUGAUUGUCGGAUGUAAACAAUUGAUACCACAACCAAAUAUGCCAAGAUUUGAUGCGAAUAAUGUUGUGCUUAUUGACGAUGAUGGAAAUCCAAUUGGUACAAGAAUUUUAGCACCAAUACCAGCAUUUUUCAGAACAAGAGGAGAUUUAGUAAAAAUUGCAGCUAUUGCAACUCAUUUUGUUUAA